UUGCGUCACGCAGCGAGCUAAAGAUACUGCGCUCACAAUCAGUAAGAGUUGGGCUGAGGGCGCGUGAGGUGGUGGUAGUUGCGUUUCGCCGGCCCGGAAGGGGAAAUGCGCGCUUGAGUUGACCAGGGACUGAGCAUUUCAGAUCUACUUGGUAAACCUGGUGCACCACCAUGCUGGCCGCAAGACUUGUGUGUCUCCGGACACUACCUUCCAGGGUUUUCCACCCAGCUCUCACCAAAGCCUCCCCUGUUGUGAAGAAUUCCAUCACGAAAAAUCAGUGGCUCUUACCACCCAGCAGGGAAUAUGCCACCAAGACAAGAAUUGGAAUUCGGCGUGGGAAAACUAGCCAAGAACUCAAGGAGGCAGCUUUGGAACCAUCAUUGGAAAAAAUAUUUAAAAUUGAUCAGAUGGGAAGAUGGUUUAUUGCUGGAGGGGCUGCUGUUGGUCUUGGAGCUUUGUGCUACUAUGGCUUGGGAAUGUCUAAUGAGAUUGGAGCUAUUGAAAAAGCCGUAAUUUGGCCUCAGUAUGUGAAGGAUAGAAUUCAUACCACCUAUAUGUACUUAGCAGGAAGUAUCGGCAUAACAGCUUUGUCUGCCCUGGCAGUGAGCAGAACUCCUGCCCUCAUGAACUUCAUGAUGCGAGGCUCUUGGGUGACAAUUGGUGCAACCUUUGCAGCCAUGAUUGGAGCUGCAGUGCUGGUCCAGUCGAUAUCCUAUGACCAGAGCCCAGGCCCAAAGCAUCUUGCUUGGUUACUACAUUCUGGUGUGAUGGGUGCAGUGGUGGCUCCUCUGACAAUAUUAGGGGGGCCUCUUCUCAUCAGAGCUGCAUGGUACACAGCUGGUGUUGUGGGAGGCCUCUCCACUGUGGCCAUGUGUGCACCCAGUGAGAAGUUUUUGAACAUGGGAGCACCCCUGGGCGUGGGCCUGGGUGUCGUCUUUGUGUCCUCACUAGGAUCUAUGUUUCUUCCACCUACCACUGUGGCUGGCGCCACUCUGUACUCAGUGGCAAUUUAUGGUGGAUUAGUUCUUUUCAGCAUGUUUCUUCUGUAUGAUACACAGAAAGUAAUCAAACGUGCAGAAGUAGCACCAGUGUAUGGAGUUCAAAAAUAUGAUCCCAUCAAUUCGAUGCUGGGAAUCUACAUGGAUACAUUAAACAUAUUUAUGCGAAUUGCCAGUAUUCUAGCAACUGGAGGCAACAGAAAGAAAUGAAGUGACUCAGCUUCUGACUUCCUUAAUACAUCAGAUAUCUGGCUUGUUUAAUAGGGGCAGAUAUUCUUUAAAUAGUUUGUGCAAGCAGCUUUCGUUGAAGUUUAGAAGAUAAGAACUUGUCAACAUGUUUCAGGUGUUCCAGUAAUGUGAUGCUUCAGGUCUGCUUUUUCUUCUGGAGAAUAAAUUCAGUAGUUCUCUUCCAAAUAGCA